GAGAGAGAGAGAGAGCAUGGGCUUUGGAGGGGAGAUGAUGAAAGCUGUUGCAUCGAAAGCUCUGGUGAUCAAGAUUAAUGUAGCCUUCCUCGGCUUCUUCAUCUUCGCCUACAUCCUGCUGCUCGUCCUACAACCUGCGUCGCUGUACAACCAGAACGCCACCAAGAUGGUCUCUUGUUCCUUGCGCGGCUGCCACGUGAAGAAGGUAAGGCGGAAGGAUCGAUCCGGCUGCAGGCUGCGCGAGAGAACCGGACGACGAUGGAGACGGUCCCAAGCUUCCUCAAGAGAUUGCAUGGCGGCAUGAAGGUUGCCCUGGUGAACGUCGGAGCCGAGGAAGCCCUCGACUGGGGUCUCCCCAGCGGCACGACGGCCGUGGACUUCGAGCCCAUCUCCGACAACUUCCAGUGGAAGGACCUGUUCCCGGAAUGGAUCGACGAGGAGGAGGAGAACGAGGGCCCAUCGUGUCCAGAGAUCCCGAUGCCCGACCUCUCCUCGUGCGGCGAGGUGGGCAUGGUCGUCGCCAAGCUGCCAUGCUGGCGUGCGGAGACGGCCGGGUGGGCGCGCGACUUGUCGCGGCUGCAGGUCCACCUAGUGGCGGCGGCCGCUGCGGCGCAGAGGGGGCGUAGGGACGCCCGAGGGGCGGUGAAGGUGGUGCUGCUGAGCGCCUGCCGGCCGAUGAUGGAACUGUUCCGGUGCGACGACCUGGUGGCGAGAGAAGGUGAGUGGUGGAUGUACGAGGCGGAGGCAUGGAGGUUGGAGGAGAAGCUCGCCUUGCCCAUCGGCUCCUGCAACCUGGCCUUGCCACUGUGGGACAAAGGAACGGACGUGGUCUACGACGCAUCGAAGCUGGCGGAGGCGGCGACCCCGCGCCGCCGCGAGGCCUACGCGACCGUGCUGCAUUCCUCCGACACGUACGUGUGCGGCGCGGUCGCGCUGGCUCACAGCAUCGUCAGAACCGGCUCCACCCGCGACCUCGUCCUGCUCCACGACAACACCGUCGCCCCCCACAAGCUGCGUGGGCUCGCCGCCGCCGGGUGGACCCUCCGUGAGAUCGAGCGCAUCCGCAACCCGCGCGCCCAGCGCGGCACCUACAACGAGUACAACUACAGCAAGCUCCGCCUGUGGCAGCUCACCGAUUACCACAAGGUCGUCUUCAUCGACGCCGACAUCCUCGUCCUCCGCAGCCUCGACGUCCUCUUCCGCUUCCCGCAGAUAUCCGCCACCGGUAACGACGGCGUCAUCUUCAACUCCGGCGUCAUGGUCAUCGAGCCGUCGAACUGCACCUUCAAAGCGCUGAUGGCGCUCCGGGAGGACGUCGUCUCGUACAACGGCGGUGACCAGGGGUUCCUCAACGAGGUGUUCGUGUGGUGGCACCGCCUGCCGAGGCGCGUCAACUUCCUCAAGAACUUCUGGUCGAACACCACGGCGGAGGCGAGCAUGAAGAACCACCUCUUCGCCUCCGACCCGCCGAAGCUGUACUCGAUCCACUACCUCGGCAUAAAGCCGUGGAUGUGCUACAGGGAGUACGACUGCAACUGGAACAUCGGGGAUCAGCGAGCCUACGCGAGCGACGCGGCGCACGCGACGUGGUGGAGGUUGCAUGAUCAGAUGGACGAACGGCUGCACGAGUUCUGUGGGCUACCGGCGGCGAGGAGGGAGGAGCUGGAGCAGGAGCGGCGGGAGGCGGAGGAGUUUGGGUUUGGAGAUGGGCAUUGGAGGUUGUGGGUUUCAGGGGACGGCAGGAACGUGACAAAGCAGUGAGCUCUUUCUUCAAGUGUGAGCAUGGAAUGCCGUGAGCUUAGUCAUCCUUCCUGUUCACUGUCGUGUGGAUACAGUUCACAUUUCUCUUUCCUUUUUGAUAGAUUAUAUAUGUGAUUCAUACCAUAUGGAAUAAAGUUUAGAGUGGAGAA